AUGAGUUCAAUACCUGAAUCUUUACGACCGUUCGUUACUAAUAAAUUUAUUCAUAAAACAUGGGCAGGUACUUUUUAUUGUCAACCACAAGCAAUUUUCCAACCAAGAAAUGAAGAAGAAAUUAAAGAAUUAAUUAAACAAGCUAAAAUUCAUCACAAGACAAUAAUGACUGUUGGAUCUGGUCAUUCACCAAGUGAUCUAACAAUGACAAAAGAUUGGUUAUGUAAUUUAGAUAAAUUUAAUCAUAUUUUAAAUGAACAAGAAAUUUAUGGUCCCAUAUUACCAAAUUCUUUGGAAAAAGAAGUUAAAUUUGUUGAUUUAACUGUUGAAGCUGGUUGUAGAGUAUUUGAAUUAAAUGAAUAUUUAAAAAAAAAUAAUUUAGCUAUACAAAAUUUAGGAUCAAUUAGUGAUCAAUCAAUUGCUGGAUUAAUUUCAACUGGAACUCAUGGUUCAACUCAAUAUCAUGGAUUAGUUUCUCAACAAGUUGUAUCAAUAAAAUUUUUAAAUUCAAAAGGUGAAUCUAUAAAUUGUUCAUCUAUUGAAAAUCCUCAUUUUUUUAAAGCUAUAUUAUUAUCAUUAGGUAAAAUUGGUAUUAUUACUCAUGUAACUUUAAGAACAUGUCGUAAAUAUACUAUAAAAUCAUUACAAGAAGUUCUAAAUUUUGAUACAUUAUUAAAUUCAUGGGAUACUAUAUGGUUAGAUUCUGAAUUUAUUAGAAUUUGGUGGUUUCCAUAUACUGAUAAAUGUAUAUUAUGGAGAGCUAAUAAAUCAGAAGAUGAUAUAUCAUUACCAAGACCUUCUUGGUAUGGAACUUGGUUUGGUAGAUUUUUUUAUGAAUCUUUAUUAUGGAUAUCUGUUCAUAUAAUGCCUAGUUUUACACCAAUAGUUGAAAAAUUUGUAUUUAAUCAACAAUAUGGAAAUGUUGAAACUAUAGGGAAUGGAGAUGUAGCAGUACAAAAUUCAGUUGAAGCUUUAAAUAUGGAUUGUUUAUUUUCACAAUUUGUUAAUGAAUGGUCAGCUCCAUUAAAUAAUGGAAUUGAUAUUUUAAAACAAUUAAAAACAAUUAUAAAAAAUGCAGAAACCAAUAGAGAAUUUUAUGUACAUGCUCCAAUUGAAGUACGUUGUUCAAACGUUACUCAAUCAAAUGAACCUUUUAAAAAUUCAGAAGGUAAAAGUUCAUUAUACCCAUCACAAGAAUGGUUAUCUCAUCGUAAAAAAACAAGUCCUGGUCCUAUUCCAGGUAAUAAUUUCCGUCCAUAUAUGGAUAAUUCACCAAGAUUAAAAUUUCAAAACACUUCAAAACCAACAAAUGAUCAAUUAACUUUAUUUAUUAAUGCAACUAUGUAUAGACCAUUUGGUACAAACGUAGGUACUCAUAAAUGGUAUCAAUUUUUUGAAGAUGUAAUGAUUCAAGGUGGAGGUAAACCUCAUUGGGCUAAAAAUUUCAUUGGAUUACCAAUGGAAAAACAAGAACCUGAAAUUAUUCAACAAGAUUUUGCUAAACAAAAAGAAUUUGGAGGAAAGUCAUUUUAUUCAAUGAUUGGGUUUAAAAAGGAGAUGCAAAAUUGGUUUGGUCAAGAUUUGAUUGAGUUUAAUAAAGUUAGAAAAUUGACUGAUCCUGAUGGAGUUUUCCUUUCUGGUAAACAAUGGGCAGAUAGAAAUGGUAUACUUUUGUAA